AUUGUGAAAAUAGAAGAAACGAUGGCUCUAUUUAGCUACAUUGCGACGAUCAUUAGUAUCGCACUGCUUUGCGUUCUGGCGGAAGAACUUUACUCCGAUCGGUACGACCACAUUGACGCAGAGGGUAUCCUUCAGAAUGACAAAUUGCGAGAUCAAUAUUUCAAUUGUUUCAUGGAAACAGCACCAUGCGUAACAGCAGAUGCGAAGUUCUUCAAAGAGGUUGCUAGCGAAGCUCUCCAAACUAAAUGUAAGAGAUGUACUGAAAGACAAAAAGAAAUAAUGGAUGCAAUAGUGGAUUGGUAUACAAAAAAUAGACCUGACCAAUGGGAAAUUUUCGUUGCAAAGACUAUUGAAAAUCUAAAGAAGAAGAACGCUGGCGCAUAAUUGCUGACAACUCUAUUGAAAUAACGAGAAGACAACGGAAAAAAUUGAAAAUGAAUUAAUCAUUUAUAAAAUUACUAAAACUUUUAUCUCUUUAAAAAAUA